GUGAACAUCGUAGAGAUCCCCGGAAUAUUAGAAAUGCGUAAACACGUGGACCGGGUAUUCCCGUUCAACGAUGUGUGUCAAUGGUUCAUCGACAGGGCUGACAUGAUAUUCUUAGUGUACGACCCGGCGAAAUUGGACGUUGGCCCGGAAACCGAAGCAAUAUUGGACCAACUUAAAGGCAGGGAAUAUCAGACAAGGAUAUUGUUAAAUAAGGCUGACAAAAUUCGCGCCGAAGAACUAAUGCGCAUACAAGGGACGCUCAUAUGGAACAUAAGUCCACUCAUGUCCAGCGCCGAACCUCCGGUCAUUUAUUCGGUGUCAUUAUGGUCAAACCCGUAUGAAAUUGGGUCUCCGGCCAGACUUCUACACUCUCAAGAACUUUCAUUCUUGAGAGACAUCCGUUCGGCAAUCGACAGGCGAGUUGAAAACAAAAUAGCCAGUGCUCGGCGAUUCGCGGUGAGAGUGCGAAACCAUGCGAAGAUGGUCGACUGUUAUUUAACUACGUACUACAACCACAAGUCGUUCUUCGCAAACCGAAAGACCGUUAGUGACGAUAUCAUAGAGAACCCACAAAACUAUCACAUCUACGAGGGCCUGAGCACGCUGACCAACAUAUCUAGAUAUGAUCUGCCCGAUCCGGACGUGUACCGGGACUUUUUCCGACUGAACCCCGUUUAUGAGUUCAAGCGGCUGUCCGACACGUGCACGUACUUCCGGGGUUGUCCGAUCAACAAGCUGGACAUGGCCAUUGCUUACGAUCUGCCCGACCUGAUCGGCCAAUACAAAAGACAAGAAGAACAACUAGUGACAGAUGUGCCGUGAAAAUUCGACGACAAUUAUGUUACCCAAAAUCCAUCGAACAUACAGCUGAUAUAUUAUAAUAUCAUAAAUAUUGUUUAAUAUUCAAAUAUUAUUGUUUUACCAAUUAUU